AUGACUGAAAUUCAAGAACAACCACAGAAGCAGCAAAAGCUAAAUCAAACAUUGAAGGUUCAAUUACGUUCUGCUGAUGCCACUGCACCAACCAAAGGCUCAUCGUCCGCCGCAGGUUACGAUAUUUACGCGUCUAAGGACGAUUUAAUACCUGCCAGGGGUCAAGGACUUGUUUCAACUGAUAUUUCAUUUACAGUCCCAAUUGGCACAUAUGGGAGAAUUGCUCCAAGAUCAGGGCUUGCUGUUAAACAUGGCAUCCAAACAGGCGCAGGCGUUGUUGAUAGAGACUACACUGGUGAAGUGAAAGUUGUUCUCUUUAACCAUUCUGACGUAGACGUUGAAAUCAAGAAGGGUGACCGCAUUGCUCAAUUGAUUUUGGAAAGGAUUAUAGACGACGCAGAAGUCGUUGUAGUUGAUUCUUUAGAUGAAAGUGCUAGAGGCGAGGGAGGAUUCGGCUCAACUGGUAAAUAG